UAGUUGCUCGUGUUUAGGCGCAGACGCUAAACAUGCCGAAAUGUGCUUUAAAAAAUUGUAAAAAUAUUACAUCAAGAACAUUAAAAAGGGAUGGGAUAUCGUAUUUUCGUUUUCCUCGUGACCCAAUAAGAUGUGCACAAUGGACUACUAUCAUCAGUCAACAAAGACGUGAAGAAUAUUUUAAGCCGAAUAGAUCAAGCGUCGUUUGUUCUGAGCAUUUUUUGAACGCAGACAUGUAUGACACUACAAAAGGCAUGAAACGUCUCCGCAAAACGGCGGUUCCUAAUAUAAUACAAGAUAUGACAACACAGGACUUUGAAAUUAUUGAAAAAUCGGAUAAUGACAGUGAUACUGACGUCAGUUGUACGAAUGCAAUGCUUGAUCAAGAUGAUGAAAAGAAAUUAGAAUCUCCUACUCGUUCUCUAAGCAAAGGGUCAAUUUUGCAUACACCUCGAAAUAUUCGCAUAAAAAGCGAACUCGACAAAUGCCGCAAACGGUUAAUUAUCAAGGAAAAGGUCAUUAACAACUUGAAGAAAAAAUAUACAACACUUCUUAAAAAGACUGUUUCACUAAAAAAUCAGUUAAAUGUUUUAAGGAAGAAGUUAAAAUCAGACUCGAAUAUCAAAACCCAUCAUUGAUAUAUAAAAAAGCCAUC